AUGCUCUCCGCGGCCCUAUUCUUGUUCAUUUUGCUGAGGGGUGGACAAGAGGAGGUGAUUUUCGGCAUCAACAAUGCGCUGGCAAGUAUUCCAGAGGGAAUUAAAGGAGAGAACAGCAAGUCGAUCGAGGUUGCCGUCGCUCUCCAUCCCGAUCCAGGCAGCUUGGAGGAUUUAAUACCUGUUCUGUCGCAGGAAAUCGAGCUCGAAAAGCCGGAAGUUAGCGUCGGUUGUCAUGACAUCGUCUCGGUGCAGACGCCGAAGAACGUCUAUACGCGUCAGAUGUUCCUCGACGACGUUGAGAAAACCAUCGCUUUCGCCCGGACGCAAGCAGUGUCUGAAGACGUUUUGCGGGAAUUUGAGUCUGCACUCCACAUAGCGAAAAAACUAGGCACUUCCUCAUAUCUGGAUGGACUGUGGAUGUCUAUGACAAGUCGCUACUCGUGGAUCGAUGUAACCAAGGAAACGAUCGUAUGGAGCUGCCAGAAGGGUAUUUGGGUUGCUCAAUGGUUGAUGCCUUCCCACUACUUCGUCAUUAUCCCGUUAGUGGGGCAUACCGUACUCGUCAUUCUCUUCACUUGUCUGAAUCUCAGCGCCUUUGGCCUGAUUCAGAGUGUUGCCGAAAUCUUUCUCUGGAUUGUACUUUGGCUCAAAAAGGCCAUGGCUUCCGUUCAGUUGAAGAAACAGGCCAUGCAAGUGCGGGAAUACGCGAAC